CUUCUUCUUUCUCACUUCCCUCUAUCGCUUCUUCUUUCUCCGCUCUUCUGUUCUUCUCUCCAGUCUUCACAGAAUGCAUGUGUGACUCACGCAACAAUCACAGUUCAAAAAACUCAAAACUUGAACAUUCAAACGAAUUGGGAGUCAUCAUCUUCCUCUAAUGGAUCCCUCCUCUUCGCUCCCUCCCUCUCUGCACCUCGCCAUGGCCGCGCUGCUCGGCGCCUCCUUCAUGGCCCUCUCCGCCUUCUUCAUCCACCGCCGCACCGUCGACCACGUCCUCCACCGCCUCGUCGAACUCCGCCGCAAACCUCUCGCCACCUCCUCCGACGACUCCGACGACGAUGACGAUGAUCGGACCGGGUUCGGAGACGACAACGGAGAUACCGAAACGGACGCCGAUCUGAGAAGCUACCGUGGAACCUUGUCGAUGUCCGUCGACGACAGCUCGAACGUGCUUCGGAGCUAUCGGAUUUCGUCCUCGAUGCCGAACGUGGUUUCCGCAACGGAUUGGAUCCGAGAGGACGCUAAGAAUCGCGCUUCGUCGCUGGAAAAUCUCCAAUUCGUUCCAUCGGGGCUUCCGUCUCUUCGAACUGGUUCCAAUAAUGGAGAGAGUGUUCAGGUUUUGUGUUCAUAUAAGAGGAUAGGUUCUGUUGGUAGAAUUAUGACCCCGCGGUCACCGGGACGUACCACAUUUGAAAGUGCUGAGGAUUCUGAUGAGGAGGAAAUACAGCUUGCUGAUGACAAUCGCAUUCCUUUCUCAAAUACUUACGGACUAGAUUCAAAUGUGUGCAAUUUGCCCGCUGUUCCAUUCAGAGUUGAGGAUGCAAACAAUCAGAUGUAUGGAGAGGCUUCAAAGGAAGUGAAAGCUGGUGCAGAUAUGAAUGGUCAUGGAAUAACAGAUUCAACUCCAGUGCAUGUAGCUGGGGAUGACAUUGUGUUUGCCAAUAAUGUCUUGCCUACAAGAAAUACUGUGCAUGAGACAACAAAUAUAGAAGAGGAGGAAGUAUGCAAAAUGAUUCGAGAAUGCUUAGAUUUGCGUAAGAAAUAUGUUUACAAGGAUGUUCCAUGGAAGACUGAACCUGUGGAAACUAACUCUGACCCAUAUCAUUUUGAACCAGUUGAAGCAACAUCGCACCACUUUAGGAUGGAAGAUGGAGUCAUACAUGUGUAUGCAAGUAAAACUGACACCGAAGAGCUAUUCCCUGUUGCAAGCUCAACGAGAUUUUUUACCGAUAUGCAUUAUAUUCUAAAAGUUAUGUCUAUUGGGAAUGUUCGCACUUCAUGCUACCACAGGCUACGAUUUCUUGAGGAAAAAUUCCGCCUUCAUCUGUUACUAAAUGCAGAUAGGGAGUUUCUGGCUCAGAAGGGUGCACCCCACCGAGAUUUUUACAAUAUCAGAAAAGUUGAUACUCAUAUUCAUCAUUCCGCUUGCAUGAAUCAGAAGCAUCUUGUGCGCUUCAUCAAGUCCAAAUUAAGAAAAGAAUCUGAUGAGGUUGUUAUCUUUAGAGAUGGAAAAUAUAUGACCCUUAAGGAGGUUUUUGAGAGUUUGGAUUUGACUGGAUAUGAUCUGAAUGUUGAUUUGUUGGACGUCCAUGCAGAUAAGAGCACAUUCCAUAGAUUUGACAAAUUCAACCUUAAGUAUAAUCCUUGUGGACAGAGCAGACUAAGAGAAAUAUUUUUAAAGCAGGAUAAUCUUAUCCAGGGAAGGUUUCUGGCUGAAGUAACAAAGGAAGUUUUGACAGAUCUUGAAGCAAGCAAAUAUCAGAUGGCUGAGUACAGGAUCUCUGUUUAUGGAAGAAAACAGAGUGAGUGGGGUCAGCUGGCUAGUUGGUUUGUUAACAAUGCUCUUUAUAGUAAGAAUGCCGUAUGGCUAAUCCAGUUACCACGGUUAUACAAUGUGUACAAGAAUAUGGGAAUUGUUACCUCCUUUCAGAAUAUUCUAGAUAAUGUGUUUAUUCCUCUAUUUGAAGUCACAGUGGAUCCAAAUUCUCAUCCUCAAUUACAUUUGUUUUUGAAGCAGGUGGUGGGAUUUGAUCUUGUAGAUGAUGAAAGUAAACCAGAAAGGCGUCCAACUAAGCACAUGCCUACUCCAGCUGAGUGGACAAAUGAAUUCAAUCCAGCAUACUCUUAUUACCUUUAUUACUGCUAUGCAAACUUGUAUACACUCAACAAGCUGCGUGAAUCUAAAGGAAUGACCACAAUAAAGUUGCGGCCUCAUUGUGGAGAGGCAGGUGAUAGUGAUCAUUUGGCUGCUGCCUUCCUCCUAUGCCAUAACAUUUCUCAUGGGAUUAAUUUGCGUAAAACUCCAGUUUUGCAGUACUUGUAUUAUCUUGCACAGGUCGGAUUAGCUAUGUCACCACUUAGCAACAAUUCCCUUUUCUUGGACUAUAAACGCAAUCCAUUACCAAUGUUUUUCCAGCGAGGUCUAAAUGUCUCUCUCUCUACUGAUGAUCCUUUGCAAAUUCAUUUGACAAAAGAGCCACUGCUCGAAGAAUAUAGUGUUGCAGCAAAGGUAUGGAAGCUCUCUGCCUGCGACCUAUGUGAGAUAGCUAGAAAUUCUGUGUACCAAUCUGGAUUUUCACACCAAGCAAAGUCACACUGGCUUGGGGAUAAAUAUUUGUUUAGAGGUUCUGAAGGAAAUGAUAUUCACAAGACAAAUGUUCCCAAUUUGAGGAUUUCUUUCCGAUACGAGACAUGGAAAGAGGAAAUGCAAUUUAUUUACGCUGGUCAAGCUGUCUUUCUUGAAGAUGUAGACCCAUGAAGCAAGCCUAGUCAAAUUCACCAUUCACCCUGCGAUAACCCUAACGUUGGUACUGUGCUGAAUGUUCUUUUGAGCAGCAGCAGCAGCUUUGACAGUGAGAAGUUAUUGUAACCUUGAAGAUAACCCUCGGUUAUAUAUUAACAUAAUCACAAACUCCAAAAUGACAUGCUACCUUAACACUCUUGGUUACUAUUAGUAUUUGCACCAUAUAAUAAAUUAUGUAGGAAAGCGCUGGCAUUUGUAAUCGUCUUUUUAGGUAGUAGGAACUAGGGACACUUGUGCUAGCCUUGUUAUUUAUUAGAAGUAAUUAGCAGUUAGUAUAAUACAAUUUGCUCUUCAUGAAUAUACAGAAUGGAAUAUUAUCUUGAAACUAUAUUUAAUUUGUGUCAAUUUGAUGCUAAAGGAAGCAGCCACUCUGCUGUUCA